AUGACCACUAACCAGAAACAGAAAGGCGUUCUCAUACCUCAAUCUGCGCUAGCAGCGCAAGCAUCCUCGUUAUUGGAAGCGUGGAAGUAUAGUCCAUCGGACCGGCUACUCCACCUUCUACCAUUGCACCACAUCCAUGGCGUUGUGAAUGCUAUAGUGGCACCCAUCGUGGCCGGCUCGUCCAUCGAAUUUAUGUACCCCUUCAACCCCGAUCAAGUCUGGAAACGACUUGCUGCGCCGUUCCAAUCGAGCUCCAAAUCGCCUGUCACAUUCCUCACCGCUGUCCCAACAAUCUAUAACAGACUGAUGACAACGUUCAGCAACCUUCCCCCGGAUCUUCAAAAGGCUGCUAAAGAAGGAAUCUCUCCUCAAAACCUCCGUUUGAACAUCUCCGGAUCUGCCGCACUACCUACGCCAACUAAAACAAAAUGGACUGAACUCAGCAACGGCAACGUCCUCCUUGAACGCUUCGGCAUGACAGAAGUCGGAAUGGCGAUCAGCUGUGGGCUUGAAGACGCAGACCGUGUCGACGGUAGUGUUGGGUGGCCAUUGCCAGGCGUCGAAGCACGAUUGGUCGAUCUCGAGACGGGAGACGUGAUCCCCGAAUCUGAACUGGAUAGGGAAGGCGAGAUCCAGCUACGUGGCGAGACCGUAUUUGCCAAGUACUGGGGAAACGAGAAAGCGACCAAGGAAGGAUUCGUGGACGGCUGGUUCUGCACUGGCGAUGUUGCGGCGAGGAAGAUCAUUGAUGGGGCAGGCAGUGGUAAGAGUGGAAAGUGGGCCAAGGGACCCAUGUAUUUCAUUCAGGGACGGAAGAGUGUCGAUAUCAUCAAGGCCGGUGCUGAGAAGAUCAGUGCGUUAGAGGUGGAGAGGGAAUUGCUUUCUCUACCUCAAAUCACCGAAGCGGCUGUCGUGGGCAUUCCCUCAGAACAGUGGGGACAGAAAGUCGUCGCGGUGGUUGUUCUGAGUGACGAUGCUGCGGCGUCUGGGAAGAAUGGACGAUCUUGGGGACCAAUGGAUAUGAGACGCGCACUGAAGGAUCAUCUGGCUUCGUAUAAAAUUCCCCAGGAGAUGAAGGUUUUGGACGCCAUUCCGCGGAAUGCGAUGGGCAAAGUCAACAAGAAGGCGCUCAUCAAAGAGGUCUUUGAUAUUUAA